UCGGGAGGGGAAGUCAGAGCCGCCCGCCUGAGCCGCCCCGUUCCUCCGCAGGCCGCCGGGACGAUGACUUUCCAAUGGACGGCCGUGGCUGGCUUCCUGUACGGCGAAAUCGCAGUAAUUCUCGUGCUCUGCCUGCCGUUCAUUUCUCCGCUGAGAUGGCAGAAGAUUUUUAUGUUUCCUCUAUGGAGCAAAAUGGCAGUAUUUUGGAACAAGAUGUUCCUUACAAUAAUAGUUCUGUUGAUUGUCUUGUUUCUUGAUGCUAUUAGAGAAGUCAGGAAAUACUCAUCUGUUCAUGUGAAUGAAAAGGCUGCAAAUGUCAACAGCAGUGCCUUUGAUCAUAUUCAGAUGAAACUCUUUCGGUCGCAAAGAAACCUGUAUCUCUCAGGUUUUUCCUUAUUUCUUUGGCUCGUAUUGAGACGUACUGUUACCCUUCUUACUCAGUUGGCAAAAGAGAUGGCAUCUCAUGCAGCUCUGGAAACACAAGUAAAUGAUGCUACUGAAGCAGCCAAAAAAUACAUGGCCGAGAACGAAAGGCUGCAAGAGGCCUUGAGUGGAAAAGGAGAUGGUAAAAAGAAAGAGUCAACAGAUGCAACUGAGGAAAAGUUGAAGGAGGAAGUUGAACAUUUGAAAGCAGAGCUACAGAAGACAUCAAGUGCUUUCCAUAAGGCAAAAACUGAAGUGGCUACAGUUAAAAAGCAGUCUGAGGGCCUUAGAAGAGAAUACGAUCAUCUGAUGAAAGAAUUUGAACAGCUUCAGCAAAGUUUAAAUAAAACAGAAGAUAAGAAAGAUCUGUAAGUGCAUCUAAGAUGGAUGGCAUCACUACAGUUGCUUGAAUGAGAAAAGUCUUGUGCUGUUGAUGUUCCUGAUCCAUACCUGAAACAAAACUUGAUUUUUCUGAAAAGCACAUGCAUUGCAGGUCACUAUUCAGAUUCCUCUAAUAAAUCAGUUGCCAAAAUGUUCUGCGUUGCAAAUAAAAUGCUAAGUGGCUUACCGGAUUUACCAUGGAGUUUGUCACUGCUCUUGUGAGGAGAAACUCAAAAAUCUUUGAACUCCACCUGGAGCAACCUGUUUUCCAAGUUUUUUCUUCCCAUGAUGGUAGCAGAUCACCAUUGCUUGUUGCAUUUGAGUGAGGUUCUAUAUCACACUAGAUCAUAAAAACAAUUACUUAAACCUCAUUUGCAGCACAUGUUUGGAGUGUUAAAAGCUCAGUUCCCAGUGGGUUGAAGAAGGCUGAAAGCUUUUCAUCAGUGGAAAACUGAAUGACAAUCAGUCUAAGGAAAAUAAAUGUUGCAUUUCUAAAUGCAGUGCAAUUCUAAAUGCAAUCCACCUCACUAGCUUGUGAUAUUCACUUUAGCCGCAUGGAUUUGAGUGUAUUUUAACAAACAAUAUUUUGCAUGCCUCUGGUUUAUUUUUCUUUAAUAUAUUGGGAUAUUUCAGUUUUGGGUUGGCUGGUAUUAGCAGUCUUUAUUUUUACACUGUUUACAUUGGUUUACUCCUUAUGUACUACUUAACUUCCUUUGCCUCGCUAAGUAAAAAAUCUUUUUAAAUUUAGAUAGUUUGGUUUGUUUUGUUUUGUUUUCAUGGAUACAAUACCUCAAAUAAAUGUGCACUGUUUUGCAUAAGA